AUGCAUGCCAUGUGGUGACAACGACAUUUAUAUCGUGUUCAAAUUAUUGGGUUUCCCUAAGAAACUAUAAAAUGAGGCAUGAUAUGGUUUACAUUUCAAAUAUCCCACAAAGAAGUUUAACUUGUGAAAGCCUUUCCUAUUAGAAAUGGCUGGUGGAAAGAACUUAUUCAAGAUUUUCAUGCUUCAAAUAAUAGUCUUAUCACUGUUUUCUUUACAUGCAGAAGGCCAAGGGUUGAAAGUAGGGUUCUAUAAGAAAUCAUGCCCUCAGGCCGAGGUGAUAGUAUCUAAGGUUAUAAGCGAUGUUAUGGCUGUAGCACCAUCUCUAUCUGGCCCUCUUUUGAGAAUGCACUUCCACGAUUGCUUCAUUAGGGGUUGUGAUGGAUCUGUCCUACUGGAUUCUCCAACGAAUCAAUCCGAGAAAUUUUCACCACCAAAUCUAAGCCUAAGAGGGUUCAACAUUAUCGAUAGAGUGAAGGUGGCGUUAGAAAAGGCCUGCCCAGAUGUGGUUUCAUGUGCUGACAUUGUUGCAUUAGUUGCCAGAGACGUUACAGUGGCGACUAAGGGACCAUUUUGGGAGGUUGAAACAGGCCGAAGAGAUGGAAAUGUGUCUUUAUUCAUUGAUCCCAUAACCCCAGUGACAGGCUUGCCAUCAUUUACCUCAAACAUCAGUGUUUUAAAACAAUCCUGGGCAUUACGGGGCCUAAGCACGAAAGACCUUGUUGUUCUCUCAGGAGGGCACACCAUAGGGAUAUCUCAUUGUUCGUCAUUUGAUAGCCGGCUCUACAACUUCACCGGUAAAGGUGAUACAGACCCCACCAUGGACCCAAACUACAUUGCAAGAUUGAAGUUAAAGUGCAAGCCAAAUGAUCAAACCACUUUUGCUGAGUUAGACCCAGGAAGCUUCAAGACAUUCGAUGACUCCUAUUUCAAAUUAGUGACAAAGAGGAGGGGGCUUCUUCAAUCAGAUGCAGCCUUACUCGAUGAUCCAGAGACUAGAGCUUACAUGAUUCAAGCUACUAGCCGUGGUUCCACAUUCUUCAAGGACUUUGGUGUGUCUAUGGUUAACAUGGGCAGGAUUGGGGUCCUUACAGGUUCUCAAGGUGAAGUUCGGAAACGGCCUAGUUGUUCGUUAUUCAAGCUUGGAGUAUUGAUUUAUCUGUGGAUUUUGAUUCUGCGAUUAAAAGGACAUUAAAUGGAAGCACCAAAAAGGAUGAGGCUGAAAGUACAAUGUUCAUGGUUCUCAAUUUCUUGAGCAGCUUCAUGGAAACAUCUCUUCGUUUCAUGAAAAAG